AUGGUUCCUAAAAGUAGUGAGACAGCAUCGGAACAUUCCGUUCAGCGGUAUUUGAGUCCGGAAUUGUCCAUACUAUCCCAGAAUCAGCAGGCCGCCGGAUUGACGGAGACACCCAAUGCGCCAAUCAUCUUCCCAACAGACUCGACACAACUCACAGGCGUUGAGUCCCUGACAAUCCCGGACGAAGAACUGUCUAAAUACAUGGAGAUUUCAAAGUGGAAUAACGUCAGUCAUGCUCAGGACAUGGACUGUACCGAAGAAAACGGCUUUUCGGGAGAUGGCUUCAACACAGUCGGGGUGGACCCAUUUCUGGUGGGCGUUCAUGGCCUUGAAUCAACCGGUUCUCUACAACUGGGUAGUACUGGCAUGUUCUUCGACAACUCUAGUAUGUCUUAUGAUACCGCAGUUAGCACGAGCUCUUCGAAUGCUUCCAUGGUAUUUCCAAACGUGGAGACGAUACCCCAUGAAAAUAAUGAGCGAUGGACAGGCAGCGAUGUGAAUGAAUAUGCUGGCGAAUAUUAUGUCGAGUCGCCGAAUACUUUGCCUACCUGCCCGCCUGUCAGCUAUACAGAGAACACAACUCCCAGGGACCUGACUCAACUGAGUGAAUCCUCAUCUGCUUCAUUGAAUGGAAGCUGGCAGGCGACGGAAGAGAUGGAGUCGCGCAGCUCACGGAACACUUCACCGGCCCAGUCUGUUUCACAGACGACCUGGCCUUUUGGUACCGCAAACCCUGACAGCAAUGAUGGACAAGCCGUCGUCGAUUGCACGGAAGGCACCCUGUCCGACCCAGCUAUGCAAAAGGUCAUCUCGGCAGGUCGUACGUCCAUUCGAUCGGACUACCUUUCUCUCCUAGAAAUGAACCUCCAGCGCUGGGCGACAGAUGGUUUGUGGCACAAAACAGUGCCGCCUCCAUACCAAAGAGCCAGUCGCUGCGAAUAUGAAAAGCUACAAAAAGCGUACUCGUGUCUCUGUCGCCUCGAUAUGCGGAUGAAGGAUGACGCCAUCCGGAGCAGGAUGGCCAUGGUGCUGCUCCACUUGGAGUAUGAAAAUACCUAUGUCAAAUGGAAAAGAGGAGCCGCCGGCGGCAUCAAGCCGAUGACAGUGGGCAGGGGCACAAUCAGCUCCAUGAUUGAUGAUAUUCUGGAAAACACACAUCCGCAAUGGAAGACGGCCGGCCCCCGGGAGAAGUCGCAGCUGCGGGCCGAUUUCCACGAACGUAAACGAUUUGGAAAGAGGUGGUGGAUACUCAUCAACGCAAUGGGACCGAGCAUCUUGAUGCUUUGUUCGUCAAAGUUUGCCGCGAUCAUCAAAAACACCACCGUCACGAGUAGAAUGCUCGAGGCAAUAGGUGCUGUUACUCGAGAAACGGUGCCGCAUGUCAUUGAUAUUCUGGAGCUACUGAAUCCGAUUGCUGAGAGCCUGAUUCGUGAUCGCGGUUAUAAGCGCCACGACGUGACGAAGCUUCUGAAGGAGGCACGGGCUUUCGACAAGCGUUUCGGGAAUUUUAUUAAGGGGGAUAAAAGUAAUUGA